ACCACAGAAACAAUAGAACAUGUUUUUAUUAAUUGCAGGAAAUAUGUGGGUCAAAGAAGAUUAUUGAGAAUGGAAAUAGGUUGUAAAAGGGAACUAAAAUUUGAAAAUGUGGCUUCGCAGCUGAAUAGUGAAGAAGGGAAAAGAAAGAUAUUUCGUUUUUUAAAUAAUACUGGACUCAAUAAGAGAAUUUGAGGAAAGAAAUUAACUUAUAAACACCAAGAGAUGGCAGUAGUGCAACAUUGAUGGAUGCAAGCUGCCGUUAAAAACCAAAGAAGAAGAAGAAGAAGAAGAAGCAACCAGGCUGUAGUUCAAAUCUCUAAGAAGUUCACACCAUCAGACCAGAUGUCCACUCUGAGCUCCAAGCUGACCAGGACCCAGCAGAGAACAAUCUGCUUCCAGCUGGGAAAUGUUCGACUCAAACUGCUCUACAAAGCUUCUGUCCAUGGUUUUACUGGCGCUGCUUUCCACCAGCGAUGUGACAACCGCUGUCCCACUGUGUCUGUGGGCUUCAACGCCUCUGGUUAUGUGUUCGGAGGCUACACCAGACAACCUUUUAAUCAGACUGGAAAAUAUGUGAACGAUGACCAGGCCUUUCUUUUCACCUUUAAUGGAGAAACACUCCUCAAAUAUCCAGUUAUUAAUGCUCCAUAUGCAGUUCAGAUGGUCGCCAACUCUGGUCCUUAUUUUGGAAAUGCACUGGGGUUUUUUAAUGGAAACAAUCCAGUGGUUUACAGUAAUCCAGGAGGUUAUUUCAACUUCAACGCUGCAGAAAUGCAUGGCAAUGACCUGAACCUGACCGAGUGUGAAGUCUACCAGGUGGAGGAAACCACUGAACUUGAGAAGCCAUGGAGGACGGUGAUCUGGGAGUCUAAGAAAAGGAGUGAUCUGAUGGAGAGCAUUAAAACCUACAAACCCAUAGUCAGUUCUGUGUCCCAGGCUCGGGUUUUAAUGAUUGGACCGGUCGGAGCUGGAAAGUCCAGCUUCUUUAACUCCAUCAACUCCAUCUUCAGAGGCCACGUCACCAGCCAGGCCAUAUCUGGCAGCUCCACCACCAGCCUCACCACACAGUUUCGAACUUAUUCUCUGAAAGCUGGACGUGAAGGCAAACCUCUGCCAAUCAUCCUGUGUGAUACCAUGGGACUGGAGGAAGGCAAAGGGGCGGGGCUUGACAUAGACGACAUCAGCAGCAUCCUUCGAGGCCACCUGCCUGACCUUUACCAGUUCAACCCCGCUGUUCCUCUGCACUCAGAGGCUCAUGGCUAUCAGAAGUCUCCAGGUCUCGACAACAAGAUUCACUGUGUGGCUUAUGUCAUUGAUGCUUGCACGAUCUCCAUAAUGCCCACAAAGCUGGAGGAGAAGCUGGAAGCUAUCCGCAGGAAGGUCAACCUGUUGGGGAUUCCUCAGCUGGUGCUGCUCACUAAAGUCGAUGAAGCGUGUCUUUUGGUGAAAGAGGAUUUGAGGAACGUCUACAAAAGUGAAUACAUCAAGGAAACCGUGCAGGAGGUCGGCGCCAGGCUCGGCGUGCCGCUGUCCUGCGUCGUUCCAGUGAAGAACUACAGUGAAGAGCUGGAGCUGGACAUGAACUGUGACGUCCUGCUGCUCAGCGCCAUCGUCCAGAUGCUCCGCUUCGCUGAUAAUUUCUUUGACGAGGUCAGCGACCGUUUGAGCAGUGUGGAAAUGAAGGAUUAGGUCUGUGAAGCUAAAACACCUUCCGAACAGUUCGACAGCUCAGGCUUAUUAAAAUAUUUAGUGUUCAGUGGUAGUUUUAAAG